AUGAACUCUUUAAUAAAAAAAUAUUUCAAUCAAUUAGCAUAUGGGAAUUUUGAUGCUCCUUUGACAAAUCCAGAGAGAGUUUUAGGGGUUGAUAGUUUAGUGUUAAUUAUAACUCAAUUUUUAAAUGAUAAGGAAUUGCUAUGUUUUAUUUAAGUAAUUAAAGAAUAUAUUAUGAAUUGAUAGAUUAAUAAAAGAAUAAGAUAAUUAUCAAAGGAAUAUAACUUAUUAAACAUUCGAGUAUUAUAAAUAAGAUUGUAAAGGCAAACUUAAAUUUUAGAUGUAAAUGUUAAAUAAUGAUAUUAGAAUUACAUCUAAAACCCAGAAUAUUUAAAUAAUAAACAUAACAAUGACUAUAUAUAUUAUAGUUUUAAUAAUAUUUCAAUGGAGUAGAAGCAAUUUAUAAAAAUUUAAGAUUUGUUGAAUAGAAAGAAGAAAUAACCAUAAUAAUAAUAAAUAUAAUAAGAGAAAAAGAAUUCAAUAGAAUAGAAGCCUGUAUAAAUGAUAGAAUAAAAAUAUAUUCAUAAUAAAAAGAGUGCAGAAAAGAAAAUAGAAUUGGAGAAAUUGAUAAGUGAAGUUUAUUCAUUAUUAAGUGAAGAAGAACCAAAAACAUUGCCAAAACCAAAUUUAAAAUUAGUAAUAUAUAGAAUGCUAUUAAAAUAGAAUGAUAUAACAAAGCAUUUAUGUCCAAUAGUUUAAUAUUAAAGAGUAAAAUAAUUGGCAUAGAAAUUAAGAGGAUCACAACAAAAAGAUAGUAAUUACAUUUGA